AACACGCAGUUGGCAAAGGCAUCUAUCGGCAUUUUUCGUGCUGGCUUUAUUAUUCCGUCAAAAGCAAUUGUUUAGGUAUUGUUAGUGCAAAUUUAAAAGCAAAUCAAAAAACAUGGAUGUUGCUGAUGCACAGAUCGGACAGUUGCGCGUCAAAGAUGAGGUGGGUAUACGAACCCAGAAGCUGUUCCAAGACUUCCUCGAGGAGUUCAAGGAGGACGGUGAGAUAAAAUAUACUCGGCCGGCAGCCAAUUUGGAAUCACCCGAUCGCUGCACCCUCGAAGUAAGCUUCGAAGAUGUUGAGAAAUAUGAUCAGAAUCUGGCCACUGCCAUCAUCGAGGAAUAUUACCACGUCUAUCCGUUUUUGUGCCAGUCCGUAUCGAAUUAUGUGAAAGAUCGUAUCGGCCUUAAGACGAACAAGGAUUGUUAUGUAGCCUUUACGGAAGUGCCGACGCGGCACAAAGUUCGAGAUCUAACCACAUCGAAAAUCGGCACUCUGAUUCGUAUAUCCGGGCAGGUGGUGCGCACCCAUCCAGUGCAUCCAGAAUUAGUUUCGGGCACCUUUAUGUGCCUGGACUGCCAGACCGAGAUACGCAAUGUUGAGCAGCAGUUUAAGUUCACCAAUCCGACGAUCUGCCGCAAUCCCGUCUGUUCCAAUCGUCGUCGCUUCAUGCUGGAUGUGGAGAAAUCGCUGUUCUUGGAUUUCCAAAAGAUACGCAUACAGGAGACGCAAGCAGAGCUGCCGCGCGGUUGUAUUCCACGCUCCGUGGAGAUAAUCUUGCGCUCUGAGUUGGUCGAGACAGUGCAGGCGGGCGAUCGCUACGAUUUUACCGGCACCUUGAUUGUGGUGCCCGAUGUUAGUGUGCUCGCCACUCCAGGCACGAAGGCUGACAACGGCUCUCGUCACAAAGCUGGCGAAGGCUCGGAAGGCAUCACCGGCUUGAAGGCACUCGGUGUGCGUGAACUCAACUAUCGCAUGGCUUUCCUGGCCUGCAGUGUGCAGGCGACAACCGCUCGCUUUGGUGGCACAGAUCUGCCCAUGUCUGAGGUCACUGCUGAGGAUAUGAAGAAACAAAUGACGGAUGCUGAGUGGCAUAAGAUCUAUGAAAUGUCUAAGGAUCGCAAUCUAUACAGCAACCUAAUCACGAGCCUCUUCCCAUCCAUCUACGGCAACGAUGAAGUUAAGCGUGGCAUAUUGCUGCAAUUGUUUGGUGGCGUGGCCAAGACCACAAUGGAGAAGACUUCGCUACGUGGCGACAUCAAUGUGUGCAUUGUGGGCGAUCCCAGUACAGCCAAAUCGCAGUUCCUCAAACAAGUGGCGGAUUUCUCGCCACGCGCUAUUUACACUUCCGGCAAAGCUUCAUCCGCGGCUGGUCUGACGGCGGCUGUUGUACGCGAUGAGGAGAGCUUCGACUUUGUCAUCGAGGCAGGCGCUCUGAUGUUGGCUGACAAUGGUAUCUGUUGCAUCGACGAGUUCGACAAGAUGGAUCAGCGCGAUCAGGUGGCGAUCCAUGAAGCCAUGGAACAGCAAACCAUUUCCAUUGCUCGUGCUGGCGUGCGUGCCACUCUAAAUGCUCGCACUUCCAUACUGGCCGCUGCGAAUCCGAUCAACGGUCGAUACGAUCGUUCCAAGAGUUUGCAGCAGAAUAUUCAGCUGUCGGCGCCCAUCAUGUCGCGUUUCGAUCUUUUCUUCAUACUCGUUGAUGAAUGCAACGAAGUGGUGGACUAUGCCAUUGCUCGAAAAAUCGUGGACCUGCAUUCCAAUAUUGAAGAGUCUGUUGAGCGCGCCUACACGCGUGAGGAGGUCCUGCGCUACGUGACCUUUGCUCGCCAAUUCAAGCCCGUCAUUGGACAGGAGGCGGGCAAAAUAUUGGUCGAGAAUUAUGGUCAUUUGCGGCAGCGGGACACUGGCACGGCCGGACGCAGCACUUGGCGCAUUACUGUGCGACAGCUGGAGUCCAUGAUACGUCUGAGCGAGGCUAUGGCCAAACUGGAGUGCUCCAAUCGAGUAAUGGAGCGUCACGUCAAGGAGGCAUUCCGUUUGCUAAACAAAUCAAUUAUACGGGUGGAACAGCCCGACAUCCAUCUGGACGAUGACGAGGAGCUGGAUGUCGAUGACGGCAUUCAGAGUGACAUCGACAUGGAGAAUAAUGGGGCGGCAGCAAAUACCGAUGCUGGUGCAGCCGAUCAGUCGGGCGGUGGCGUACAGAAGAAGAAAUUUACGCUCUCCUUCGAGGACUACAAGAAUCUGUCCACCAUGCUGGUCCUCCAUAUGCGCGGCGAAGAGGCCCGUUGCGAGGUCGAAGGCACCGACACCGGCAUGAAGCGCAGCGAUGUAGUCACCUGGUAUCUGGAGCAGGUGGCCGAGCAAAUCGAGUCCGAGGAUGAGCUAAUUUCACGCAAGAACCUCAUCGAGAAGCUGAUUGAUCGCCUCAUCUACCACGAUCAAGUUAUUAUACCGCUCAAGACAUCCGAUCUGAAGCCCUUCGGAAAGAGCCCGAAGCGGGGGUCCGAUGAAGAUAAGGAGGAAGAAGAUCCGUUGUUGGUUGUGCAUCCCAACUACAUUGUAGAAUAAUAUUUAUCAGCAUAGUUAGUUAAGUUUAUGUUUUUUUUUACAUUUUCUACUUGGCCGCAAUUUCUAUUCAUCUGUUUUAAUAAUACUUGCCUAAGUACAAAAACCCAUACGCAUUUAUAUAGUACGCGUUUAAAAUUUAAUAGAUAAAUUCUCUACAAAUUUAUGUAAAUUCAGUUCAUUGAAAGAAAAAUCAUUUUUAACUGAAUCAACGGGUCUACCUAAAAAAUGUAAUGGACGUAAG